AGGAACACAGCCACACUCUCACAGAGACCAAACCCAGCAGACAGGAAGCUUGACACAUUCUGAGGUUUCUCUACGGGCCAACCAGAAGUCGAGGAGAGUGGAGCAGCUCUUCCCUGCUGAACUCGCCGGUGUUUUCGACUCAGUUUACUCACUCUUCUCUCGUGGCUGUUGGACAUGAUGUCUCUUUCUGCUGAGUACUGCAGAGAAAAAACAGGAGGCAGGGAUGGUGGUGCCUUGGCCCAGCAGAAUAGGCUGAUCUGGGGCUUACUCGUUUGGUCCACCCUGCUUACUCUUGUUCUGGCUGCGUCGAUAACUGUCCAGAUCAUCCAUGGAGCAUCAGCGCAGGUACAAUCACAGGAGCCAAGAAACUUCAGACACACCCAAAAUGUCACUAUGCCCAUUAACCUCCAACCUCCUCCAAACAGUUUAGUCACAUUUCAACCUGAUUGGGAGCACAUAGAACAGGUGGAGCAACUCCGAUGGAAAACAAAUUUGCCAGGUUUCAUUGAGGGAAAGAAUCAGUUGAAGAUUGAGGAGGAUGGUCUAUAUUUCAUAUACAUGCAGGUUACCCUCGACCCUCGAGAACCAGAACAGAACUAUAAUGUGACAGUACAACUGAAUAACCCAGAUGAACUUAUUUUAAUAGCUUAUAUCAAUAGAUCAACACUCUCAACAGGCCUCAUGGGUAAAGGGACUGUUCUGACUAAAGGAAACACUUUAAGGGUAACAUGCACUCCUAAAGCCAAAAUAAAAAUCUCUGCUUUUGAAACCUACCUGGGUGUGAUCAAACUAUGAUCAGCCUGAAUCUAAGCCCUUUCAGAUGAAAUGGACUGAUGACAGUAAGAAUGUGGACUCCCUUUCCAGUAUGCAGGGAAGCACUGGUCUGCUGGGUACACUGGAGGGAGUUUAUGACAAGCUAGUUUUUAUAAAAGGUGUAUUUUUUAUUUAUUUAUUUCUUCAAGAGACAUUUACAAAGCCAUAUGCCUUUACUGCAAUAUAUUUAAGAUUUUCUCCUGCGUAAACAGUGUCCUGUGUCACUUUAUGUGCGUCCCUCACUGCCUUGUCAGUCAAUGACAUUAUGUAUGAAGGUUCCUCGUAUAUACACUGAUUUGGACAGCCUUUCAAGGCAUAGUUCUGUCAUGUCUUAUGAUCUGAAACAAAUUCAAGUAAGCUUUAGAUAAUCAAACGAAUAUCUAGUAACCACAGUGAUUAUUUCUCAUAUGAAAUGGAGUCAUAAGUUGAAAAAAAAUGAAGCAGUGAAGGACACAUUUAUGCUGCCUUCAGAAACUGACCAGAUGCAGGAAUCGCAGUAGACAGGAUGUGAUGUAAAUAUUGGAUUCAGAUAUUCUUUGAUGUCUUACUACCUCCGUAUUUUGCUUGCGGAGGCAGCAUUUUCUAGCAUUUGUUUUCCGCCCACGUGUGGAGCAGAAUUCUGAUUGUUCCUAAUUGAGAAUGCUGAUGCACUAUGUGAAUAUUUAUUACGCAGUUGCUGGUUAAAAAUUAUUGCAGAAGUUCAGAGAAAAGGUCAAACAUAAUUAGUUUGUAGAUGCCACUUGGUUUGAUAUUUUGUUAUGUAAUGCAAUGAAAUGCAUACAUUGUGUCUGUAAUAUUAGUCAUUUUAACAGAAAAAGAAUGUAAGAAGUAUUUAACCUGUUAACUGGUUAACUGUUACCUUACCAUAUCCGGUGAAAAAUUAUAUUUCUCAAGACAUGUCAUUUUACUGUAAAAUACAGUAUAAAAAGUAUGUUUUUGGAAGUAAAAUGGAUGAUCAUCAUUUACGGUGAACAUCAGUUUAAUAUUUAACAAGUCUAUACAUGUGUGUAACAGGGGGGUUAAAAUGGAAAGUAGGAGAUGGGAACCGGCUGAACAGUCAAAGUAAUAUUUAAUGUAAAAUUAAAACAUAAAGACACAAAACACAAACACACACGGCAGCUGUGUGUGGCUCUCUCUCUCCUGAACUGCCGCAUUCCACUGCCUUUAUCCCUCUUCCUCAACUGAUUAGCCUGAUUGGGGGCUGGGCGUGCGUAGUCACGGCCUGGCCCCACCCUCCUCCUCGUCACACUCCUCCCUCCUUUGCCUCAAGCCGGGGAACCCUCGGCAUGAUGUACACCCCUCCCCCCCCUCCUUUCUGGGGGGCACGUUGCCCUUCUGGCUGCGCCUGCCAGCAGGCUUGUCCCCACCUCUCUAGAGCUGGGGAGGGGGACAAGGGGAGGGGAAUAAAAGACGAGAGGGAAGGAUUAAGACAGGGCGGCAGUGAGAGAGAGAGGAGAGAGAGGAAAAAUCUGGUUCGCUGGUGCCCAGAUACACUGUUUCCCGGCCCUCAGCCACUCCCCGCCCGCUGGCGGACGACAGCUCGCUCCUGCCCCGGUGGACGGUAGUGGGUCCUCCGGCCCCGGGCAGAAGGUCACGUUCCUCCCCCUCUUUUCUCUCUUUCUUUUCUUUUUUUUUCUCCCUUCUUUUUUUUCCUAUUGGGGGAUGGCAGCAUGCCUCAGAUCCUCAGUGGCCGGCAGUGAUGCCUCCGUCCCCGGGCGGACGGCUGCAGCUACUCCUCGGUCGGCUGGUAGUGGCGACAGCCAUCCCUCCUCCUUCCUGGGUUUAGGCAUCAAUGUAACAGGGGGGUUAGAAUGGGAAAGGAGGAGGCGGGAACCGGCUGAACAGUCAAAGUAAUAUUUAAUGUAAAAUUAAAACAAAGAUCCAGAACACAAACGCACACACGGCUGCUGCGUGUGGCUCUUUCUCUCUCUCUUGAACUGCCGCAUUCUGCUGCACUUAUCCCUCUACUCGGCUGAUUAGCCCGAUUAGCCCUAACUUUAUAAUUUUCUGUGAAAAACAUUAAAAGGGCAUUCCUAGAAGUCCCUGUGUGAUGCAUCACACUUAAAUAAGUUUUACUUAAAUAGUAGUACUUUCUUUCUGAUCUGUGUUAUGAGUUACAUACAUUGGAUUCAAGGAUUUUGGGGUGUUUUUUGUUUCAUUUUAUGUUGUUUAUUAAUGUUUACUGGAUAAUUUUGUGUCAAAUGUGUUACUUUGAUGGUGUUUUGUCUUUGCGUGGGUAACACUGUCUACAUUCACCUUAUGCGCCAGAGAAACUAGUGCGCAGCCAUCAUGAAAAUUUGGUCUCGGAACUUCCAUUUUAGCGGUUCGAUAUAUAAAUCUAUGGUGUUGAUUUUAUAGUGUAAUAAACUAGUGAAGUGGAUUUACACGUUAUAUAGUUGUCAGCCAGGGUGAGUGUUUUAAAGUGUUCAGGGGAUAUCAUAAUAACUGAAAGCAGAGCGGGGAGAUUUUAAACAAGAGUACUUCAUUCAUAAAUGCGAUCCUAGCUCAAGCUGUGGAUGUACUGACAGGGCUGGCCUGUCCGACAGGCGAUACAGGCGACCGCUUAAGGCCCCGAUGUGCCUGGGGGUGCCCCGCGAACACGUGCAAAGUAAAUGAACAAGUCAUAAGAUUAAGAAACAUUGAUGACUUUUAUUUUUAAAUUCUCUGCAUUUCAAAGGUUUCUAGAGCACACACACAUAAAACAACGUGCGCAUGGACCUGAUCAUUUAACAUACAAAUCAAAAUGACUGCGAAAAACAAGUUAAGUAUAAAAUAAGCUCUGAAUAAUCACAAAAAGACAAAUAACUUACAUUUACAAGUAAAAUAACAACAGUGUAUCAAAAUCAGCAACAAGUAAAGCUAAGCAGUACACACUAAUCUGCAUAAUUUAUUCAUAAAGCAAAGCAUUGCUGGAAACUGGAGCGCGGCUUCUUUUCACAGUAUUGUUAGACACAGUUCACACACCUUGCUGAAUAAUGCGCACGCUUGACAGAAACACAGGAAAUAAGUUAUGAAAAAUAUUGCUUUGUGACUAUUUGAGACUUUGAGGCUUAUUUUGUGUAAAGGAUAGCAGAAACAGCAUUUGUCAAAUCAUUAGGGCUCUUCACGUUUUCUUAAGAAUAAUCUGCUGGGGAAGGAAUUAAAACACUGCCUAUAUAAAGGCGCAAAAAUAUGAGCAAUUCAUCUGGAAAAUAAAGAUCUCUGCUCUCUAAGAGGUGUGUUUAUUCUUUACAUUUGUUUACAAAUAUAUAUUUCGAGGUGUUGUGUUUAAUUUUAUUUAUACAUAAUUAUACAUUAUACAUUGCUGUAGUUACCUGAUUUUCACUGAUGUUUGAACUUUUAUUCACUUUUGCACACAUUCUGGAUAACUUUUUGUUUUCAUUGAUUUUGUUGCUCUAAAUAAACAUUUACACAUGGUUACAUGGGUUGAAAUGGAAUUUCAAGCAUUGUCAGCUGUGUCCUACACUAUCAAAAAUCUCUCAAACUAUUUUAAACAGCAUUUUCUUAUUUUGUGUUACUUGAAUGGGUAACACUUACACUUGUAUUUGUUAACAUUAGUUAAUUAACAUGAACUAACAAUGACCAGUACUUAAUAUUCUUGGUUAAUGUUCAUUUCUAAAUAUAAUAGUCCAUUUUUAACAUAAACAAUUGUAUAAGUUAACAUUAGUUAAUACAAUAUGAACUAACAUGAACAAACAAUAAACAGUUGUACUUUUAUAAAUUGACAUUAGACUAGAUUAAUAAAUGCUGGAAAUCUUUAUUAUAAAUUGUUAAUGAU